CUUUGUGUUCACUUUCAUUGGAAUCUCAGAAACGUUUCAUUUAUUUUCUCUAAGUAUAUAUAAAAAAAAAAGAAAACUCUCUCCCACUUGGGUUCAUCACUCUCACUGUACCUCCACAUCUCUUCGCUCCAACAGCCUCCGAUCUCUUCAUAAAUCGAUGGCUUCUUCCAUUGCUGCUUCCACUUCCCUGCAAGCUCGUCCUCGCCAACUGGCGAUUGCGGUAAAUCCGAUAGAAUGCAAUGCCUUUGGAAGAAGCAAUCUUUCUUUUAAGAUUCGUCAGCUUCCUUCCCGCUUGACCGUUUCCUGCGCUGCUAAACCUGAGACAGUGGACAAGGUGUGUGCAAUUGUCAAGAAGCAACUCUCUCUUGAUGAUACCAAGAAAGUUGAGGGUGCCACCAAAUUUGUUGAUCUCGGUGCUGAUUCUCUCGACACGGUGGAGAUUGUGAUGGGACUAGAGGAAGAGUUUGGGAUCGAAAUGGCUGAGGAGAAAGCACAGACAAUCACCACAGUUGAGAAAGCAGCUGAGCUCAUCGAGGAGCUCUUGUUGGAAAAGGCCAAGUAGAAUUCGUUUAUUACCCAUUAGCAACAACGAAAACACGAAAAACCAAACCCCAGUAUCAUCUUAUUGUUUCGUUAGCUAUAGAGCGAUUGUGUCCGUUGAGACUUAUUCUAUUUUGGGGAAAUUAUUACAAGACUUUGUAUUUCUUCUACAACUUUUUAUUCCACCUUACAAGUUAUCGUUGCUAAGUUAUCAA